UAACAUUUCAACUUUGUUGAUAUAUCCAAAUUAUUUCGUUACCCCCACCGACGCAGCCCCAAACAGUUUCUUUACGCCAUUAACCUCUUUGGUCCAUACUGAGAAAAAGAAGUCGAAAUUCUUCGGCGGAAAUUUCAAGAUGCUCCUUCCUGCAAUUCUCCUGACUUCAGUGUUAAUUUCCACUUCACGUUUCCCAUUUGCUGCUCACGCUAAGCUGUCUGCAGACUGCACCUUCCAACAAAUAAAAUCAUGGAAGAUUGAUCAGAAUACUUUGGCCCCACCACUGGGGUUUAGGGGACAGCUUCCUUUUUCAAAAAACCGAAAGAGUCACACUUGUCUGCUGAAGACAAAUGAUUCAAACCGAAUGAUCUAUUUAGGAGCCAAAAGGAACAAAUGGUCAAAAGAAGGUUCAUUGCACCUAUCUGUCUAUGAAGAGGUUGAAGGGUCGUUAUCAACAAGCCACCUUGGCAUAUCAACGUCUCAAGCUGGUUGGAAAACUUGCCCUUUCUGUCCAACCAUGCGUGAGGUUAGUGAAAAACACUUAUUGUUUUCAGGCACAGCUGGCGUCAGUUUCAUGGUGGAAAUGCAACAAGAGGGAAGCAUUCAAUUAGAUGAACCAGUGGAAGUUAAACUUAGCGCAAAGGAUUCUUAUCCAGCUGUUUAUCAGUUUAUCCCGGCAGAGGACAUUUCAAGUGCACAACUUGACGUCACUGUCACUUCUGAAUCUAAAAAUGUACCAGCUUACUUAAAAGUAUCACGUGACUGUAAGGAUGUCAGGGACAACAUUGACGUUGUGGACUACAAAGGAGAGUCAAUCCGUCUGUCGUUCACCAAAAAGGGACGAAUUACUUUGUCCAAGUUCUCUAUUCCGCCACUAACCGCCUCCAACUCCAGUUGGUUCAUUGGAAUUGCAAUCAAGAAUGCCUCAGGUGACACGCCAAUUGAUGCAACAAAGACUGUGACAUUAACUUUAAAUAGAUCAUUUGAUUACUCAUACGCUCAUGCUAUGUGGGUUUCACAAUGCGCGAUCUGCAUUAUUUUGGGUCUUGUUGUAUCUUUCUGGGCAUGGUGUAAUUUUAGAGAAGACUGCUGUCUAAGCCUUUGUCUAACCCGUGAAUAUUUGUCAGCUAUGUUAGCCGUCAUAUGUACUUAUGCUUUUAUUCGGGGUCCCAAAACUUACUCUUACAUCACAUUUAUUGUCGGUUCGGUUUUAAUGGUGGGUGCAUUCCAGUUUGUCUUUGCAGACUGGUAUUUAAUGAUUUAUGAGGGAGACAGAGAUCACUGUUAUUACAACGAUUUUUGUUAUCGAGUUCGUUAUGCUGAUAUUCCAUAUAACUUAAUUGUCAGCAAUCUAGCUUACGUCUUGCACGGCAUUAUCUUAGCUUUUAAUGUCCUUUGCAUGGAGUCAGAGGUACUUGCUCAAUGUAAGAAACAUGCAAGCUCUGCGCAAGAAAAUAGCGUCGACAUAGUAAGCAAUGAACACGAAGAAGGGAAAAGCCAAGUAGACAAAUCUAUAAACAAAACAACGCAAACAACGGAAGAGGAGGCACUUAAAAAAAAGUAUGAUUUUUCCUUAGGUUACGCUCUUGCCUGGGCUCUGUGCUUUGAGGGAAUGUUUUCUGCACUUUAUCAUCUUUGUCCAAGUAGGUUUACUUUUCAAUUCGAUACAGCUUUUAUGUUUGUCAUUGCAGCUUUAAGUGUUGUUUUACUUUACAAUGGCAUUGGAAUGCAGUCGUGCACCAGAGAAGUUGAGGCAAAAAGGCGUGUUGGGGCGGCCAAUCUGUUUCUUUUCUUCUUGGUUCCGUUGUUGAUCUUUAAUUAUUUUGGAACAAUGUACCACUCUGAAGCAGGCCUAGAUGUAAAACUCCAAAUCCCUUUCUUCCUUUUUUUGAUUCUAUGGUUUCUCAUUAUAGCAUUGUGGGCUGGAUCUAAGUUGUUACCUAAACUUUGUUGCAAGUGUCAUUGUAAGUGUUGUGAAUGCUGUUGUUCAUGUUGCACCAUAAUAUUUGUAUUUUGUGCAUUUGGCUUCGUAUUAAUACCAGUUUUGCUGAUUGUCCUUUGGUCCACAAAAGUAAUAGAAUUUAGUGACGCUAUCCUGUGGUUCUGCGUAGCAGAGAGCUGUAUUGCCUCUGUAGGAUCUUUCUGUGUUGGUCUUAAGUGUGAGUCGUCAUGUUUUUCAAACUCCAAGGAUCGUUUCAAGAAACUAUGGGAUAGAAUAUGUGAUCAGAACUGUUGUUCCAAAGAGGAGUGUUGUUCUUUCUUCAAAGUAACCUGUAAGUUGCUAUAUACCUGUUCUAUACUGGCUCUAAAUUGUUUUGCUCUGUGGAUUUUCUUUGACCGAGAAACGACAGAUAAGAGUAAGUCUCCAGAGAAAUCACGUGACCUAAAUCAGGAAUGUAUUUUCCUGGCUUUUUUUGACUGGCAUGAUGUGUGGCACAUUUCCUCCUCUUUUGGUCUCUUAAUGGGGGCGCUUAUGGUUAUACAUGUCAGUUAUAAAUCUCCGAGACUAGUCAGAAGACAAAGCCAAACUGGUGCAGCUAGUGGUGCUUCUGAUGAAUUGCGACCAGAUUCUAUUAUAAUGGACGCGCCGGAUAAGCAAGAUCUUAAAGAAAAUGCACAAAAUACACCUUCAAACUAUGAAAAUGUGCCUCUUAGUUUUGAAAAUCCUUGCACCGUAUCAAACAGAGAUGAUGUACGAACCCCUGCUCGCGGAUUACAAAAUAUGACUCAGUCUUUCGAGGAGAGAAACAAUCAAUGUAUUUCAGAAAUGAGAAGCUCAAAGAGGUUCGCAAAAAGGCACUGAGGUUACAAAACGGGAUUGAUUAUAGCAUCAUAACUGAAUGACCGAAAUUCUCUGACCGUACUGGCAAUCUAUGCAAAUUCAUCCUUAAUGUAACGCUUCUUUGAUUCUGCUAACCGGCCCGGCUUAGCAUAUACAACUGAUCAAGGCUUCCAUUUUUCUAUCGACAAGAAAACGCUGUACGAUGAAAAUAAUUUCUAUCAGUAAAAGACGGAGAGAACGCACAGAAUAUAAAGACAAGCGUAAAGUUCCGUGACACCAGUAUGACAAAAAAGGGAAACCUUGCCACUCAGUAUUACAUGGCAGUGGUUUUUCUACACAUAUCUUUUCAAAUUCAAACUAUCAUUAUGCUACAGUACCUCUGAGAUAAACUAUCAUGUUAUUUACAUCAGCUUGAUUUGAUGUUAUAUCAUAGGACCACCAGUUAUUGGGACUCUUCUUAGAGUUACUAACUCGGUUUCUACGAUUUAUAUAUAUUGUGCUAUUUUUUAUGAGUUUUUUUCGCUCUGGUCUUAAGUUAUUCAGCUGCCUCUUUCUUAGAUGAUUGGUGCUUCACUAAUGUGUCAAAUUGCUUUAUUAGUCAAGAGUUAUUUAGUGUUGUUACGACCAGAAUGCGUUUUCACAUAUCUUUUUUAAUAACUCUUUAACUUCCAAGAUCUCCUUAGUAGUUCUCCUUACUGUUUGCCAUACCAUUCUUUUGGUGGUUGCUCUGAGAAUCUAGUAUUGGAUCAUUUACUAAUCCUCACAUUAAUAAUCACAUAAUCACACGUGAUUAAAGAAAAUAUCAUUGAGCCAAUAUCAUAAUUGAGCCAAUUGAGCUAAUUGAGAUCGACAUUUUAACGCCGUUCGCUUAUGGAUUCCAAAUUACUAUAGUAACUCAUCAUACCAAUUCUUUUAAAAUACAAUUUGAUUUGUUCUUCGUCGUCAUAUUAGGCUGAAUUUUAUAUCAGUAGGUCUAGCUUACCAUAGUUUCUAUUGUAAGGGAGUUCUAAAAUUGCAAUGUCUUUGUAAACACUGUUUAAGAUCAUAAUAUCAACGAUCAAUAAAGACUAGUACAUGAUAGAUGA